AUGGCCAUAAACGGAACCUCCUUACCGGGUCCAGGAAAAUUCUGCAAUAGCCUUGGGUCUGAGCCACCACAGUUGGUGUCACCCCAAGGAACCCCCCUGGAAAAUAUCAACUAUGAUGCUGAAACUUGGCACCUGAAGUUCAGAAGUUUCACCUGCUCAGAGGGGGAUGACCCAAUCAAGGACCUGCAGAGACUCACCUCGCUGUGCCAUCUGUGGCUGAGGCCUGACCUCCACACCACAGAGCAGAUUCUUGACCAGCUGGUGUUGGAGCAAUUCCUAAUAUCUACCUCCCCACACCUCCAGGCCAUGGUGAAGGAAAAUGGUGUGAGGAGUUGCAGAGACCUGGAGGAUAUGCUAAGAAACAACAUGAGACCCAAGAAAUGGUCCGUAGUCACCUUCCAAGGAAAGGAAUUUCUGGUGCACGAGUCAGAUGCUGAGAUGGCCGAUGCUGAAGCCAGUGGCAGGGAUGACGUGGUGGACUUGUCCAGCAAGCACAGAUCCUCCAUGAACCAUACACAUGUAGAGGGAGAAGACUUACUUCUUUCUGGAGAAGGUGACCUGGAGAGUGUGAGACCCAGGCAGACAUUGGAGAAGGAUCUGGAGGAAGACAGAAAAGAGGAAACAGCAAUUAAAUCUCAAGAGCCUCAGUGUCCCCAAGGUCCUGAUUCUGUGAGGGCAAAGGAUAGGAAGGAGCCCCAACAAGAAACAUGUCUGAAACCUGUGGAUGCCGUCACCCCUCCCCCCAGAGUUUCAGAGAGAGAAGUAUCCACUCAGAGUACUGGGGAGGCUGUUGCUCAUGCUCCUGGUCGAGAAAACUUUGAAUGUGGAGAGUGUAAUAAAAAGUUUCCUUAUGAGUCUCAGCUCGUCAUCCACCAGAGGGCACAUUCGGGAGAGAGGCCUUUCACAUGCUCCUGUGGGAAGGGCUUCCUGCAGCCUUCAGACCUCAGAGUUCACCAGCGAAUUCACACAGGUGAGAAGCCCUACACGUGUGGCAUCUGCAGCAAGAGGUUCACCCACCAGUCCACUUUGUAUGGUCAUGAGAGGAUCCACACAAAAGAGAGACCAUACUCCUGCAAAUUCUGCAAGAGAAGUUUCAGCCACAAGGGAAACCUCAACGUUCACCAGCGCAUUCACUUGGGAUUGAGACCCUUUGAAUGUUCAGAGUGCAAAGCCACCUUCCGUCAGCUGGGCACUUUCAAACGCCACCUGACUAUACACUCAAAGAAAACCUCCCACUGA